CGCGCUGGGUGAGGGGUUUUCUUUAGUUAUACUGUAAUAAGAACUAGGCUGUAAUCUGGACCCGCGCUGCGCGAGGUGGUGAUAAAAUGAUGGAGCGAUAGAAUUAUAGAGUGAUAGAGUGAUGGAGCUGCGCUGUUCUAACCGCUCUCUCCCCGCAGGCGGCUCCCUCUGACCGGCUGGAUGAUGGACCCCCGACCCGCUGUCCUCGCGCUGACCGCCGCGGUGAUCGCGCUCGCGCCCCCGGUCUGUCCUGCACCCAUGCCUGACCAGUACUCGCGGGGUGUGGACUGGUUGAGCAGAUAUGGCUACCUUCCCCCUCCUGACCCACGUACAGGAAAACUGCAGACUAAGGAGGGAAUAGAAAAAGCCAUCAGACAGAUGCAGAGGUUUGGGGGGCUGAAGGAAACAGGCAAACUUGACUCAGCCACUCUGAAACUGAUGUCCACUCCGAGAUGUUCACUGCCGGAUAUUGUAGGGACGGAGGACAGACUGAGGAGGAGGAGGAAGAGAUACACUCUCUCCGGGCUCCGCUGGGACAAAACUAAUCUGACGUGGAGUGUCCUGAAUAGCCCCUCCCUUCCGCCCAACCUCAAGCCCGACCUGGUGUCCACUCUGAUGUUUCACGCCCUCCAGGUCUGGAGUGAUAACACCAACAUCCAGUUCAGCGGCCUCCAACCAAAAGACGCCAAAGUGGCCGACAUCAGAAUCUCAUUCGCCCGAUUCCUCCACGAUGACGGUUACCCAUUCGACGGUAAGGGUGGCACCCUCGCCCACGCCUUCUUCCCUGGAACCGUGGAAAUUGCCGGGGACACUCAUUUCGACGACGAGGAGACCUGGACGUACGGAGGUCAGGACGGCGCCGGCACAGACCUGUUCACCGUAGCGGUGCACGAGUUCGGACACGCCCUGGGCCUGUCCCACUCCUCAGUAAACCCCUCCAUAAUGAUGCCCUACUACCAGGGUGCCGUGGGGGACAUUAGGUCCUACAAGCUGCCCCAGGACGACGUCCAGGCCAUUCAGAUUUUGUACGGGCGUAAAACCAACGCAGUCACUUCUUCCCCCGGUGAUCGGACCACGCCACGCCUGCCUGAGCUUCCCAAAACUCCUCCUAAAGCAACGCUGCAGCCUGACCCCGGCUCUAAGGACCGCUGUGAGGGAGGAUUUGAUGCGAUAGGGAACAUCAGGGGAGAUGUCUUCUUUUUUAAAGGGCCGUAUUUCUGGAGGAUGCAGAGAGGAUCCUUGGUGUCUCUCAAUCCGGCACAGAUCACUAACUUCUGGAUCGGACUUCCACAGGGAACGGACAAGAUAGACGCGGUUUACGAGAGAAAGACAGACAGCCACAUCAUCUUCUUCAUCGGUUCACAGUUCUGGGUAUUUAAGGACACAGUGGCUCUGCCUGGUUACCCGCAGCCCAUCUCCAAAUGGGGAAUGAGAAAUCAGCAGGUGGUGGAGAAAGUUGACGCAGCGUUUGUUUGGGCUCAUAACGGGAAGACGUACAUAUUUAGCGGAGGACUGUUCUGGAGAUUCACCGAAAGUCAGGGAGGUGCAGUCCCCAGGCCGGACGCGGAAUACCCCAGAAACGCCUCACUGUGGAAGGGUGCACCUGCCAACCCUGACGACAUCAUGAGCUGGGGAUCAGCUGGAGAUACAUACUUCUUCAAGGGCAACUCCUACUGGGUUGUGAAGAGCGGCGGACUGGACCAGGAUGUCAUCAUUCCCAAAUCGACUGCAGUUGAUUGGAUGUUUUGCCCUCCACCACCACCCACCACCAAAUCAGCAGGAAGCUCGUGCGACUGCAGCUGCGGCGUCAGCGGAGCCUCCAGAUCUUUUCCAACUUCACGGCUGAUUUUUAUUUCAGUGUUAAUUAUGUCUCUGAUUAGACUGGGCUAAAUGAGGCUCGGCUGAAGUUCAGUUAAGGCAAAUCUGCAAUAUUACAAGUAACAUGGUAGUUUCAAAGGAUAUAAAUCAUAAAUUCAUUUUUUAUUGAGAUUCUGCAAAGAAAAACUGGCCAGUAAAUCACUCAGAAUACACACACACUGCUUUUAAGCAUCAGCAUGCAGUACCCAAUAUACAGACUUUUACUUUACAAAUUCCUGUAUCCAAAACUGAAGGUGUACAGGGGUUGGACAAUGAAACUGAAACACCUGUCAUCAUUUUAGUGUGUUAGGUUUCAUGGCUAAAUUGGAGCAGCCUGGUGGCCAAUCUUCAUUAAUUGCACAUUGCACCAGUAAGAUCAGAGUGUGAAGGUUCAAUUAUCAGAGUAAGAGCACAGUUCUGCUCAAAAUAUUACAAUGCACACAACAUUAUGGGUGACAUACCAGAGUUCAAAAGAGGACAAAUUGUUGGUGCACGUCUUGCUGGAGCAUCUGUGACCAAGACAGCAAGUCUUUGUGAUGCAUCAGCAUACCACCAAGAAGGACCAACCACAUCCAACAGGAUUAACUGUGGACGCUGUAAGAGGAAGCUGUCUGAAAGGGAUGUUCGGGUGCUAACCUGGAUUAUAUCCAAAAAACAUAAAACCACAGCUGAUCAAAUCACAACAGAAUUCAAUGUGCACCUCAACUCUCCUGUUUCCACCAGAACUGUGGAUUAUUGUGGUCUAAAUACAGGUGUUUCAGUUUCAUUGUCCAACCCCUGUAGCUACCUUGAUACCUAACUUUAACCUGCAAGCCCACACUAUGUCAUAAGCCACAAGUCAGUACCUUAGAAGCAGUCCAGGUUCUAGACUGCUUUCUUUGGGGGGGGGGCUUUCUUUGGGGGUGGCAGUAUAACAUGUUGAUAGUUAUUAGUUAUUAUUAUAUGAUUCAAAGAGCCAAUCAGAAAAAAGCAAGGAAAUAUCUUCAGGUUGCAAAGCAAAAUACGUUUCCGUGAGUGUUUUUUUUUUUUUUUUUUGCUCGCAUUGCAUUAGGGGAGGUGGGGGAAUGAUGCCAGUUACUUGUUAGCGUUAGCAUUUUUGCCCAACUUUUCAUGAAAGCUAGGUUACUGAACUCGCUGGAACUUGCUGGAAUACUUUGAGAUAGCUGGCCUUUUACUCUGUGAACACAGUACAUUAUCACAACAAUUCAAAUGUUUCAAACCUGUUUAUGUUCAGUGUUUGUUUAGAUUUUUUAAAGGUAAUCCAUAUCCAACAUUUAUUUUUGCUCUUAAGCUGAUGCACAAGCAAAAAAGAGCAGUGCUUCACAGGAAGUUUCGGUUUCAUCUUUUACAGCUUCUCAGAAAUUAUCAAGUUUCCAGUUCCACUGGCGGAUAUCUGGGCUUAUGACAAAGAAACCGUUUACGCUGUGAAACAAUUGUGAAAAUGGUACAUUAUUUGCCAAUGCGUACAGUUUGGUUUAAAUAUUUGGUUUCUUCAAUAGUUUAAAUAGUUUUUUUUGGUUUAGUUCAGACGUAGACCAUUUGCAAUAGGUGCUUUCCAGUUUAGUUUGAAUUGAGAAGUGACCCAAAUAUCCCCAAAAGUGUUUCCUUUUUAUCCUGCCACUGAAAACCUCCCACACUUCUGCUGUCCAUUUUCACUUCUCCUCACUGUACAUUUAUGGUAAAUACCGGGAUGGAUUGGCAUACAAGACACAUCAGUCAGCUCUGAACUUACUAUAUAUUGCAAUAAGUUUUAGAAUUAACCACUCAAAUGGGAAAAAUAAUAACUACUAAACAUGUUGUGCUUAUUGUUUGGUUUUAUUCAAUACAUUGUGUAGAACUAUGCAACUACCUGCAAUACGCUUCAAUAAAAGCUUAAUUCAAGCAGUGAUCUCAGUUACAGGGAAAGGGCAGGGAACAUCAUGCACUUUUAUUUAUAUUUUUUAUGUUUUAAUUUCAGUUGGCAUUUCUGUCUGAUUGCUGUUUCUCUUUAUUUACUCAUUAAUAGAGAGAUUUGUGUUUUAUUAAAGUCACAUUUUCUGCAAGAUGCUUCAUGGAUCUACAUGACAGAACUCAUCUGUUGAACCUGUAGAGACUGAACUCAAUUCUGCAAUGGCAAUAAUGUGCUUUCUUUCUUUCUUAACUUUUUCUUAAGAGGAACUUUUCACUCAUUUCAAUGCAGUUUAACAAGCAAUUCAGGUAACAUGUCCGGUAUGGCUCCAUGUUGGCCAACAUAAGGAUGACCAAGAGAUUAAAAAUAGGCCUUAUCUAGAUGUUACCCUGCACACACAGUGAGAUUAAUGCUGUAAUGCCCAUAUACUUGUACAUCUAAAAAAAAAUAGAAUAUCAUUGAAAAGUUACUGUAUUAAACACAGAGUGAUCUAUUUUAAGUGUUUAUUUCUUUUAUAGUUGAUGAUUAUGGCUACAGCCAAUGAAAACCCAAAAAUUAGUGUCUCAGAAAAUGUGUAUAUUAUAUAAGACCAAUUGAUACUUUGGGCAGUGUGGGCAGUGUGCCAAGUCCUGCUGGAAAAUGAAAUCUACAUAUUCAUAAAAGUUGUCAGUAGCAGAGGGAAGCAUGAAGUGCUGUAAGAUUUUGUGGGAAAACAAAACUGCACUGACUUUAGACUUGAUAAUAAAACACAGUGGAUCAACACCAGCAGAUGUCAUGUCUCUCCGAACCAUCACUGAUUGGUGGAAACUUCACACUAGACCUCAAGCAGUUUGGACUGUGUGUCUCUCCACUCUUCCUCCAGACUCUGCUCCCUUCAUUUACAAAUGAAAUGUAAAAUUUACUGAUGAUCAGGGAUGGUUUGGAGAGACAUGUCAUCUGCUUGUUGUUUUAUGGUGAUGCAGAUUUCAUUUUCCAGCAGGACUUGGCACACUGCCAAAAGUACCAAUUGGUCUUAUAGUAUUCUAAUUUUCUGAGACACUGAUUUUUGGGAUUUUCAUUGGCUGUAAGCCAUAAUCAUCAACAAUAAAAUAAAUAAACGCUUAAAAUGGAUCACUCUGUGUUUAAUACAUCUAUAACACCUCAGGCCUUGCUCCACAGCCUAGUUGCUCCUCUCUGCAAGUGACAAUCAUUAUUAAGGAGUACUAUACAUAACUGGUAGCACAACUUGUGGAUGUAUAUUUAAUGCCAGUAAGGUUCGUCUUUUCUUAUAUUUAUCUCUUUGCUAAUUCAGCUGUUUUUUACUCUUCUUUCUAUUUAAAAUGUUUUGGCUCAAAUUCAAAUUAAAGUUUCUUUUCCAAUUUUC